CACGCGUUGCGCGCCGCACACAAACUCGUUGGCCGUCGCCGCCGUGCUCUCCAGUAGUGUCGGAAGUUGUCGGGCGGUAACUAAAAACUACUGCACUAUACCACUGGUAGUCCUCCGCGGCCGUUCCUCUGUACUGUUCCACUCGCCACCGAACGCGGUUCGCCGUCGCAGACGCACGUUAACGCCGCACCAGCACGUGGACACGCACCGUCCGAAUAUAGAAAUAAUAAUUAUAUUUUAUUAUUCGUUUCUAUCGUACGCAAUAAUCAUCGUUCGUCGAUUAAUAUAUUUAAUUUGUUCGUCUCGAUCGAGAAUAAAAACUAAAUUAAAAAAAAAAAAUUAUGACGACGCGAUUUUCGUAUGCCAAUCGAGACAAGAUGUUCGAAACUUGACGGUGUUCGGUUUUGAUAAGUUGUUCUUUUUUUUUUUUUUAUAUAACCGGUACGUCAGUUGCGGAAAACACACAAGACACUUUUGAUUCGGUCGCGCAAGUCGGUCCGACGGUAAAUUCGCAUCAAUGAACAUGAGUUCGUAUCAGUUCAUGAACUGCUAUCAGCAGAGCCAGGCGCAGCAGGCCAGAGCGGCCACUUCGCCCGUGGUCGACCCGCUGCAGACCGGAAGCCCGGCCGCCGCCGACUACUACGGCCAGGCGCAAGGCGUGUACAACACCGCGCCGGCCAGCGGCUGCUACUCGCCGCAGCAGUACGCAUCGCAGUACAUGCAGCAGUCGUCGCCGUCCAUGAUAGACUACACGCAACUGCAUUCGGUGAACCACCAGCAACAGCAGCAGCAACACCAGAGGCUACAGGCGGCCGCGGCCGCAGCGGCUGGCGCUCACCUGCAGCACCUGCAGCACGGCGGAGGUGCCGGAGGCCUGCCGUCGCCGGGUGCCAUAUCGCCCAUAUCGUCGUCGUUGAACAACAACGGCGGCAUGCCUUCCGCGACCGGCGUCCAAUGCAAGUACGAGGUGACGGCCACCGCGACGCCCAACGGCAUCAGCUCGCCACAAGACUUGACCACGUCCGCGCCGCCGGGUGCCAGGUCGCCGCCGCCAGUGUCCAUGAAAGCUAGGGCGUCCGCGGCCGGAUCGUCGCCCGGCGCCCAGGGACCCGUGUCCCAAACGUCCUCGUCGCCCGCCUCGUCAAUAUCGUCCACGUCGUCCAACGGCCCUGGCGGCAACGGUCCGGCGUCCGGCAAACAAGGAUCUGGCCAGAACCCGCCGCAGAUCUAUCCGUGGAUGAAACGAGUACAUCUCGGACAAAGUACGGUGAACGCCAACGGCGAAACCAAACGACAGCGGACGUCGUACACGCGUUACCAAACGUUGGAGCUGGAGAAGGAGUUCCACUUCAACCGGUACCUGACCCGGCGGCGGCGGAUCGAGAUCGCGCACGCCCUGUGCCUGACCGAGCGGCAGAUCAAGAUAUGGUUCCAGAACAGGCGGAUGAAGUGGAAAAAGGAACACAAGAUGGCCAGCAUGAACAUGGUGCCGUACCACUAUCACAUGGCCGCCCAGCCGUACGGCACCCCGUACCCGUUUACGCACCUGACCACCUGAGAUUCGUAUUAUUAAUUUAACGGUUCCCGCUCGGGCGGCUUGCGCUUGUCGCCCACCCCGCUGCCGACGCCGCUCGACCGCGACUACAACCGUUAAAUUAAUAACUUUUUACCGCCCCUCAACCCCCCCCCCCUCCACCACCACGGCAACUAUUAUAUUAUUAUUAUUAUGUUAUAAAAUUGCAUCAUCCGAGUCUUUUCUUUUUAAUAUAAUAUUAUAUAGCAUAUUUUUUUUUAAAAAUUAUCUUCUAAAUUUAUUUAUUCGGCGCGCUUGUUUUACCUACUCGAAAAAAAAAAAAAUUAUCAUCGCUUAAAUACCUAUUUAGUUUAGCCGUUACACUAUAUAAUAAUCUUAAAUUGAUUUUGUAUAAAUAAAAUAUAUGUUUCGUACACAAGUUUGUCCGACGACGCAAAACCUAUAUAGAUAUAUUAUUAUUAUUAUUAUUAUCUAGGAGUUACCCGUUACGAUAUUUCUAAUAUUUAAGUAUUUAUUAUUAUUAUUAUAUAAAACGUAUCGGUUUAAAUAGUGUAUUUCUAUCUUUUAUAUUUUUUGUUUUUUUUGUCAAGAGUCAACGCUUUUCUGGCAAUAUUUUCCUUCGACACAAAUCACGAAUCAGUACAAAAACUCAUCAUGUUGCAUUAGAUAUUAUAUAAUAUGUAAAUGUAUGUUUAGUAAAAAUAUUAUAGAUAUUAUUAUGAUUUGCCUACUUUUUUGUCUCGUUGUAAAUAUUAUCAAAGUAGAAUUUUUGUAUAGAUAUUAUGUACAAUGUAAAUAUUAUAAUAAUAUAAUUGGCAU